UCACAGUAGGCUACAAUUCAUGUUCAUGCAUUAGCCACUGUUCUUGCUGACAUGCUCCCUUUCUAACAAUGUUCACUCAUCGUUGUUUAAUUGAAGCCUGCUAUUCGUAAUUGACGUCGCUCUUCACUUUCAUAUAGGGCGGUGUGUCAUUCACGCGCACCGGAUGAACUUGAGAGGCUGAACGGGAAACCAUUUCUCCGUUUCUAUUAUCCUACACUCCCGCAACCAAAGACUGUAUACAACACUUAUAGUGUAAGUAGUUGUUUAUAUUAGGAUAUAUUAAUUACGUAUUACACAUGCUAUCACACGUUUAUGUGAAGGUUUGGGGAGCAGAAAGUGUGUCGUUCAAUCGAGAUCAGUAGCGAUCUACUUUAUUUCAGUUGCGCAACAACGGUUGUUGUUACAAUCUAACCACAGUCGGGAGUUUUUGAACAUGGCUGAACCAAGCGGCAAAAGAUUGAAGACCAACUUGCCUAACUGUAAAACUCACCGAGCUUUUCUCGGGAGCAGAGUGAAACAGAAUCUCCCAGCGGUCGUUGAGGAGAGUUUGUGCGGAGUAUCUACAUUGAUUAUGGAGGUCGCUUACAUACUUGAUGCACUGGCCAAGAUAUUUGAGCAGGAUGACAUUGCCUUGCCAAGAGUGGCAGCGUUCUUCCAUGAGCAGUCUGUGAACGAGCAGGCGAAGGCUGAGGCCAUGCUGGACUACCUGUCAGACAGAGGGGGACAGUACUGCAGUAAAGACAUCCAGAGGCCUGGCUGUGAGGAGGUGUGUGCGGUGAUCCCAGCCCUGGAGCUGAUGCUGGGCCAGUGGAAGGAGGAGAUGGCCGUGAUGGUGGAGCUCAGCCAGUUGUCCAAGGAGCACAGCGACCCGCACUCCGCCAGUGUGGUCAAGAGCCGCUUCCUGGGGCCGCUGGUGCCCCGUGUCAAACUGCUGGGAGACCUGCUGACCAACGCGCGUAGGGUGGGCUGCACCAGCGACCGCUCGGGGGGCUUCGGGGAGUACCUCAUCGACCAGCUGCAGGAGGAGUUGACCAACGUCUCCAGUAGAUAAAUCACUCAGUAGUUUAUAUUAAAGAAAACUACUUUGCGAGUUCGACUCUCAAAACCAGCCUCUCAUAUUCUGUCAGUGUUUUAUGGCCACCUAUAUUGUAUUAUUGCUCGUUUGUAAGGCCAAUGUAUUGUAGAAGACAGUCCCUAGUCCUACAUAACUUGCUAGCUUCUCAAUAGAAAUGAUUGAAACUGAAAAAACAAGGGGAAUAAUUUGAGGCGUAUGGCUUAGUUACAACUAGGUUUAUUCUGAACCAAGCUGUAGCACUUCUUCUUAAUUCCUGUUUGCAUUUCUGCACAAUUUGUUUUAAUGUUUGGUGUGUUCGAGAGAGGGCAACAUCUUGAAUCCAGUAUUUUAGGUUCUAAAAUGCAUGUAUUCAAAAAUAAUGAAUACAUAUAUUAUGCACUAGAUUUGGGCAUUUAAAAGGGCACAGCCUCAUUGUAUCAUGUACAGUGCCUUCGGAAAGUAUUCAGACCCCUUUACUUUUUCAACAUUUUGUUAGGUUACAGCCUUAUUCUAAAAUGUAUUAAAUAGUUUUUUCCCCUCAUCAAUCUACACACAAUACACCAUAAUGACCAAGCAAAAACAGUUAUUUUGAAUUGUUUGCUAAUUUUUCAAAAUAAAAAAUGGAAAUAUCACAUUUACAUAAGUAUUCAGACCCUUUACUCAGUACUUUGUUUAAGCACUUUUGGCAGUGAUUACAGCCUCAACUCUUCUUGGGUAUGACGCUACAAGCUUGGCACAGCUGUAUUUGGGUAGUUUCUCCAUUUCUUCUCUGACGAUUCUAUCAAGCUCUGUCAGGUUGCAUGGGGAGCUUUGCUGCACAACUAUUUUUCAGUUCUCUCCAGAGAUGUUCAAUCGGGUUCAAUUCCGGGCUCUGGCUGGGCCACUCAAGGACAUUCAGAGACUGCAUUGUCUUGGCUGUGUGCUUAGGGUUGUUGUCCUGUUGGAAGGUGCACCUUUACCCUAGUCUGAGGUCCUGAGCACUCUGGAGCAGGUUUUCAUUAAGGAUUUCUCUAUACUUUGCU